UAAAUCACUCUGUGUGAAAAUGUAAGAGAUCAAACUUAAAUAUGGUGACUGAAUACAGUUAUAUUUCACAAAUAUUCUGAUACUAUUAUUUCUCACAGCUUCUACCAUCGACUAACUAAACUCGCAUAAUAGAGGAUGAUCUCUCUCGAAGCUUCAAUUCUUGUGAGCAGCAUUCUAUGCAUUGGAUGAAUGUGGGAGAAUGAACUGAUUUGUGUAGAGCAUUUACAAGUACUUCAAUUAUCUGCUCAAUACUUGUUCGUUUCUGGAGAUCGGCAGUGAACCACCCUAUUAGGCAGGUUAAAAAUUGCAUUUUGAAAGCUCCAUAGGUUUCAUUGUUUAUCACAUUUGAGAUGAGCUUAUUACCUGCAUAACCUAUCAACCUAAUGUCCAUUUCUUUUCAUUUUCGGUUUUUUUGAGAAAAAAUGACGGGGUCCAACAGUGAUAAUUCUUCCAUGAUAACCAGCUAUCACUGCGACACAAUUGACCGCUGCUGUACACAGUUUUGCUUGGAAUAAAGGAAAAGAACUCCAUAGAAGCAGCAAUACUAGAGUCACAGAGAAACCGACAGAGAAGAUGUCAAUGUAGGAAAAUUGUACGCUGCGUUUUAAUCAUGAGGCCACAGACAAAGUGUUUGCCAAGCAACGUUCUUUGUGAAUAAUCAGCACAAAUUUGUAGAACCAGAGACAAGCUUCUGCUAUAAAAGGCAUCCUUUACCAUGGUGUUUGGCAUAGGAAGCUGCACAAGAGGCAAUUCAUUAGAUAUUGCUUAUUACUUUGCAAUGGCAUCCAAAAAGUUGUCAAUCUCAAUCUCUGUCUUCUCCUUCAUCGUGUUAGCACUAGCAACUAGAUCCAAUGCAGGAAGCAUAGCAAUCUACUGGGGCCAGAAUGGUAAUGAGGGCACAUUGGCUAAGGCUUGUGCCACUGGCAACUAUGAGUAUUUGAUUUUGGCCUUCUUACCAACUUUUGGGAAUGGCCAAACCCCGAUGAUAAACUUGGCCGGUCAUUGUGAUCCCUACAGUAAUGGCUGCACUGCCUUGAGCUCUGACAUCAAAUCCUGUCAAGCCAAAGGCAUCAAGGUGUUGCUGUCUUUAGGAGGAGGCGCUGGUAGCUACUCACUUGCGUCCCCUCAAGAUGCACAACAUGUAGCCACUUACCUUUGGAACAACUUCUUAGGAGGACAGUCUUCUUCUCGUCCACUGGGUCCUGCUGUUCUCGAUGGGAUUGACUUCGACAUUGAAGGAGGAUCAAACCACUACUGGGGAGAUCUUGCGAGGUACCUUAAAAGCUAUGGCAAUCAGGGGAGAAAAGUUUACAUAACUGCAGCACCUCAAUGCCCAUUUCCUGAUGCUUGGAUAGGAAAUGCCCUCAAGACGGGUCUUUUUGAUUAUGUUUGGGUCCAGUUCUACAACAACCCACCCUGCCAGUACAGUUCAGGAAUCACCAAUCUCGAUGAUGCAUGGAAGCAGUGGACAUCAGACAUUCCAGCUAACAAGAUAUUCCUGGGGCUGCCAGCUUCUCCUGAGGCUGCAGGCAGUGGCUUCAUUCCUGCAUCUGAUCUUACUUCCACUGUGCUACCAAAAAUUAAGGCUUCAGCAAAAUAUGGAGGUGUCAUGCUGUGGUCUAGGUAUUAUGAUGCCCAAAGCGGAUAUAGUAACUCCAUCAAAAGCCACGUCUAAAAUAUAUACUCAUCAUUAAUGUACUAGCCUAUAUGUUGUGUAUUGAUGCAUGUUUACAUAUAAAUAUUUAGUAUGCUCAAUUAAAUCGCCCAUAAAUACAUUUGCCCCGUCCCUUAUAAGGUUACAAGGGAUGGAAAUCAUCUAACAAAUUUUCUUGUACAAUUACUCCGUAAAAAAAUUUUACUAUCAGAUAACUAAACUCCCAUGAUACGGGAUGAUCUCUCUCACAGCUUCAGUUCUGUGUGUAGUUUUCUAUGUAACUGACGUGGGAGAAUGAAUGAUUUUAUCUAAAGCCCAAUGACCCAGUAAAAGUAAUGUUACUUUCAAAGGAAGAGCAAUUUUUACUUGUGGAGAAUUUCCCAUGUGCUUAGCAUUGCAAAUUUGGCUGCAUGGCUGCUUUAAAAGCGGAAUAAGCGAUUUCUGCUAUCAGACAAAGGGGUUCAUUUGGCUGCUGUUCAUUAUGAACACAAUUAUAAUAGUUACACCAUAUUAUUUAGGAAAACUUAAGCAGCAAUUAUUUCAUGGCAUCAUUGCAACAUAGAUAAGAAA